UUCAAAUCAAAUCAGAAUUCCCUCCGCCGUCCUCCUCGAUCUCUUCCCUCCCUCUCUGCAAUAUUGCUUUGCUUUUGCCUUUGGCCUUUGGCUUUCUCUGCUGCCGCUAAUGGCGUUGUUAAUGGCCGCCACCUCCCGGCUUUAACCCCUCGCUAAACCAUUUCUUCCUCCUCCUCCUCGUCUCUGCCUAAUCAACCGGUCCAUGCUGGAAAAAAUGAGGCGGGUGGCGCCGGCGGCCGUCGCUUCUGCCCACCACGGAGAUGAUGUCCACCAAGCCCACGACGGAGGCGCCCACUCCUCGCCUAGCUGCGCCUGCGCCUGCCCCUGCCGCCGCGGCAAGGCGGGCGCGUCCACCGUCGGCGACAAUGACGGCAGCCGCCCGUCGCCGGAGGCCAAAGGUGCCGCCUUGCCGCGGAUCUGCAUCCGGGACCCCGCCGGCCUCGAGGCCUCCGUCUCCGUGGCGUGGCCGGACGAGGCCGCCACGCCGCGCACCAAUCCGUCGCCGCCGCCGCCGCAGCAGCAGCAGCGGUGGAGGCGGCCCGGGAAGACCAUCUCCAAGGGCCACAGGAACUACCACCUCAUGCUCAACCUGCAGCUCGGCAUCAGGCACGCCGUGGGGCGGUCGGCGGCGAAGCCGAUGCGGGAGCUCGGCCGGGCCGACUUCGACCCCCGGGAGAAGUUCUGGACGCGGUUCCCGCCGGCGGGGUCCAGGACCACGCCGCCGCAUCCCUCCUACGAGUUCCGGUGGAAGGACUACUGCCCCAUGGUCUUCAGGCACAUGAGGAAGCUGUUCGGCGUCGACCCGUCGGACUACAUGCUGGCGAUCUGCGGGGACGACGCCCUGCGGGGGCUGUCGUCGCCGGGGAAGAGCGGGAGCUUCUUCUACCUCACGCAGGACGAGCGCUUCAUGAUCAAGACCGUCAAGAAAUCCGAAGUCAAGUUGUUGAUUCGGAUGCUGUCGAGCUACCACAAACAUGUUAAACGGCACAAGAACUCCUUGAUCACAAGGUUCUAUGGGGUUCACUCCGUGAAGCCAUAUGGUGGGCACAAGGUGCGGUUCAUCGUCAUGGGCAAUCUCUUCUGCUCGGACCACCGCAUCCAUCGCCGUUACGACCUGAAAGGCUCCUCCUACGGCCGGAAAUCCGACAGGUCUGAAGAAGAGACCGGCGAUGCAACCACGCUCAAGGACUUGGACCUCAACUUUGUGUUCCGGAUGCACCGCUCUCGGUAUAAAGAGCUUCAUGAGCAACUUAGGCGAGAUUGCGCGUUCUUGGAAUCGGAGGGGAUCAUGGAUUACAGUCUAUUGGUUGGGGUUCACUUUUGUGAUGAUAUUGUCCCUGCGUCAAAGAUGGCUUCAUCUACUUCUACUACUUCUCCUGAAGAGCUUUCAGCCAACGUGGUGUCGGCAUGCCAAGGCAGCGUCAGCAUGCCUGAGCCGUGCCUCUCAGCCAAAGAUUUGGACAAGUCGCCCGAUCACCGUGACUCCAGGAAACCGUUGGCCAGACUGGGCGCACACCUGCCAGCUCGAGCGGAGCGCACAUCCACGAGCGAUGUCGACCCGUUCCUCUCUGGCGGCGGGGGGGUCUCGUCGGGCCGGAGCAAGAGCCGGGGGGAAGCCUACGACGUCGUCCUCUACUUUGGGAUCAUCGACAUCCUCCGGGACUACGACAUCAGCAAGAGGCUGGAGCACGCGUACAAGUCGCUGCAGACGGACCCCGGCUCGAUCUCCGCGGUCGACCCGAGGCUCUACUCGCAGAGGUUCCGGGAUUUCAUGGGCAGGGUAUUCAUCAAGGAGUGCUAGUGUACCACAUAAGUUACCACAGUAAGGAAGAUGAAGAUGGUGGCUGAAUUUUUGAGACACAGCCAUGGGGAAGAGAGGAAGAGGUGGUGUGUGUAAAUAGUUUGUGUGAUCUGGUUAGUGAGGGGCAGAUGAGAUCCCUGCUUUUGUUUGUGUGCAUGUGUGUUGGAUUGGUUGGAGUGAAAGGGAGACAUGGCUGUCCUUUUUAUGCUUGAGAAAGGGAAGAUGAGUCUGGUGUGUGUAAGCCAUGGAUAUGAUAUGAUAUGAUAUGAUAAUAGGGAAGAAAGAUCUUGUACAGAUA